AAAAUGAGCAAAGCUAGCUGUAGUACCAAAAAAUCACCAAAACUUCAUACUUGCUAGAAUUGACAAAAUAGCAAGCUAAUAUCAUGAUGAGAUGAAGUGAAAUAAUGGCAGAAACUGCAGUAUCAUUUGUUUUGCAGCAGCUGUACCAACUUAUAAUAGAAGAAAGAAGUUUGCUGAAAGGCCUAAGAAGUGAUUUUUCAGACAUCAAACAUGAAUUAGAGAGCAUCAAAGCCUUCUUAAAGGAUGCAGAUAGAAAAGCUGGAGAUGAUGGAGGAGACACUAAUGAAGGAAUAAAAACAUGGGUGAAGCAACUAAGAGAAGCAUCUUUUCACAUAGAAGAUGUUAUUGAUGAAUACAUCAUGGAUGUGGCAUAUGAGGUCAACUAUCAUCAUCCACAAUGGAUGGUCUCACUUCAAAAGACUGUUAACCUAAUCAAAACCCUGAAGCCACGUCAUAGGAUUGCAUCUGAGAUUCAAGAUAUCAAGUUAUUACUUAGAGGAAUCAAAGAAAGAAGUGACAAGUAUCAGUUUCAAUCUUCAUCAUCACUUGAAGAUGGAUCAAGCAGUUCUAGUGGAGCAAAAGAUGUCAAAUGGGGUGACCCUAGAAUGGCUUCUCAUUUCAUUGAAGAAACUGAAGUUGUGGGAUUUGAAUCACCAAGAGAUGAACUGACUGGUUACUUGUUGGAGGGAACCAAGGAGAGUUCAUUGGUUGCUGUGGUAGGCAUGGGAGGACUUGGAAAAACUACUCUUGCAAAGCAUGUUUUUGACAACCAACAAGUGAAAGGUCACUUUCAUUGUCGUUCUUUUAUCACAGUUUCUCAAUCAUACACUGUGAGAGGGCUAUUGAUAGAGAUGGUAACGAAAUUUUGCAAGGAUGCUAAUGAGCCUCUUCCAAAGGGCCUACAUAACAUGGAUGAUACCACAUUAAUCACAGAAGUGAGGCAAUACCUUCAGUUGAAGAGGUAUUUGGUGUUGUUUGAUGAUGUAUGGAAAGAAAAUUUUUCUGAUGAGAUUGAGCAUGCCUUGCCUAAUAAUAACAAAGGUGGUAGAAUUAUAAUCACUACUAGAAUGAUGCAUGUUGCAGACUAUUUUAAGAAGUCAUUUUUUGUUCAUGUUCACCAGCUACAACAUUUGCAUCCAAACAAAGCAUGGGAACUCUUUUGCAAGAAGGCAUUUAGAUCUACGCAUGAUAAGCAGUGUCCAAAUGAACUUGAGGACAUGUCCAAAGAAAUUGUUCAAAAAUGUGGAGGGCUACCACUAGCAAUUGUUGCCAUUGGUGGUCUCUUGUCAACAAAAGCAAAAACCAUGUUUGAAUGGAGAAAGGUAAUUCAGAAUCUAAGAAUUGAGUUGGAGCAUAAUGCACAUUUAACUAGUUUAACAAGGAUUUUAUCUCUUAGUUAUGAUGAUCUUUCUCACAACUUGAAAUCAUGCAUGUUGUAUUUUGGUAUGUAUCCUGAGGACUACUCCAUCAAACGUAAGAGAUUGACUAGGCAAUGGAUGGCUGAAGGUUUUGUUAAAAGAGAGGAGAAAAGACCUAUGGAGGAGGUUGCUGAAGAGAACUUGACAGAAUUAAUUCAUAGAAGUUUGGUUCAAGUGUCCAGAGUUGGCUUUGAUGGUAAAGUUAAAAGUUGUCAAGUUCAUGAUUUAUUGCGUGAAGUACUCAUUAGAAAAAUGAAAGAUUUGAGUGUUUGCCACAUAAUGCAUGAAGAUGAUGAGCUAGAUACAGUUGGAAUAACUAGGCGAUUUUCUAUUGCUACUUGUUCCAACAAUGUGUUAAGAAGGACAAAUAACUCUGGCAUUCGAGCUAUUUUUGUUUUUGACAAAAGUGAAUUGCGUAAGGAUUUUGUUGGUAGAUUAUGUGCCAAGUUCAAGCUUUUGAAAAUUCUUGAUUUUGAAAGUACUUUGUUGAAUUAUGUUCCUGAAAAUUUGGGCAAUCUUUUUCACCUAAGGUACUUGAACUUGAGUCAUACAAAAGUAGAGGUUCUUCCUAGAUCCAUUGGUAAGUUGCUAAACUUAGAAACCUUGGAUCUAAGACAAACACAUGUGCAUGUGUUACCAAGAGAGAUAAACAACCUCACAAAGCUAAGGCUUCUUCCAGCUUACUAUAGAAAAUAUGAAGGACAGUAUUCUAUGUUGAACUUUACAAUUGGGGUGAAAAUGCAAAAGGGUAUUGGAUGCUUAAAGUCCUUACAAAAGCUUUACUUUUUGGAGGCUGAUCAUGGUGGAUUAGACCUUAUGCAUGAGCUCAAAAUGUUGAAACAGUUAAGGAAGUUAGGUAUAAGGCGCAUGCAAACAGAAUAUGCAAAUGCCUUAUCUAUUGCAAUAGGAGAGAUGAACCUCCUUGAAUCUCUCAAUGUUAGUGCUAUUGCUGAGGAUGAAGUCAUUGACUUGAAUUUUGUUUCAGCUCCACCACCCCAACUUCGAGUGUUGAAUUUGAAAGCUCGUGUAACAAAGUUGCCUGAAUGGAUUCCAAAACUUGAGUAUCUUGUCAAAUUAAGGCUUGGUUUAUCCAUGUUAGAAGAAGAUCCAUUAGACUCACUAAAAGACUUGCCCAAUUUAUUAAGGCUCAAUUUGUGGGACAAUGCAUAUGUUGGCGAAAGUUUGCAUUUUAAAAAGGAAGGAUUUCCAAAGCUAAAGGAACUUGAUCUCACUAGAUUAAAUACAUUAAAUUCUAUCUCUAUAGCCAAAGGAGCUUUGCUUGGUCUUGAACACUUCAGAUUUAAAGAUAACCCACAAUUGAAGGUGGUGCCUCAUGAUCUCAAACACUUGGAAAACCUUAAAUUUCUUGGCUUUGCUGAUAUGCCAGCUGAAUUAGUAGAAAGCAUUGAUCCCGAUAAGGUUGGACAAGACUAUUCAAUUAUUAAGCACAUUGAACUUGUACUUAUUCGUCAGAAUGUGGGACCAAAAUUUCAUGACUAUGAGUUGCGCCCUAUUCCCACAUCAGCUAAUGUCUGAAAUAUGAAGGUUCAAAUUUUCCAUUUUGCAGCUCACAAACGAUGCACUUACUCUGAUCAUCCCCAAAUAAAAUUUUUGCCUCAACUUAGCGUGUGACUUUUGGUUUUAGUACAUUUCUAUUUUGUGUCAUUUGGAGUGUUCGUAAUUGAUUGUGGGAGCCUUCAGUUUUUAUUUUUUAUGUCUUAAAACUUGUAAUUAAGACCAUUUCAUUGGAAUUGGUAUUCUCUUUUUCU